ACCCAGACUGGGGCACCAACAGCAAGCGCUCAAAGCAGGAACUUGCAGAAGCCCCUCCAAAGCCUGUAGAGCCCCUCAACCCAGCCUGGUACCAGGGGUCACAGUGACACAGACCUCCAUGCCCCCCUGAUUGGCCUGGACAGGGCUGCAGGGAAAUUAGAUGAUAUCGAAGAGACCUAGGGGUGCACCCCAGGCACUGGGAGCAUUUUAAUACACUCAGGCACUUCCUCUCCUCCGCCUGGCUGGGAGGCAUAGGAGCAAUUGCACCAGCAGCUACAAUCAUCCCUUGGAUCCCCAUGAGAGUUGCUCCCCAGAGCAUGCUGCCUCCUCUCUUCCUCCUCCUCCUCCUUGCCUGGACAGGGGCAGCCUCCCCACCAGUGCCUACAGGAUCUGGCAGCCUGCAUCUGCAGCAGACCACCAUCUUCCAGGAACGUGGCAAGGCAGAAGUGUGGGGGCUGGCACUGGUGGGGGAUGUGGAGACCCACACCCUGGACUGCGCUACCUGCCCCAUCCGCUUCCUCCAGCCCUGGGUGCAGAGCGCCAUCAGCCCUGAGCACUGGCAUGACCUGGAGCUGCUGAUCCACCUGUACCUGGCCGACUUCAUCCACCAGGUCAAUGUGUGGGUACAGCAGGAGGGCUUACGCUACCCCUUCGUGACCCAGUGCUCUGUGGGCUGUGAGCUCCUGCCCAGCGGUGCAUCACGGGGCGCUUACAACGCCAGCCUUGGGGGUGAGGACCUGGUUAGCUUCUCCUCAGGCAAGUGGGUAGCUCAGCGGCAGGACAAGCUGGCGCUUCAUGUGCGGGACAGCCUGAACCGUGACAAGGGCACAACUGACAGACUGGAAAACUUACUUAACCACACCUGCAUCCAGGACCUGCAGAUUCUGCUCCGCAAUGGGAAGGAGGUGCUGGAGAGGCAGGAACGCCCAGUGGCCGUGGUGUUUGCCCAGCAGCCUCCUGCUGCCUCAGAGCUCCCCCUGCUGCUGGUUUGCCGGGUCACUGGCUUCUACCCACGUCUCAUCCAUGUGGCCUGGCUACGGGAUGGUGAGGAGUUGCCUCCAGGCCCGGGGAUCAACUCCACUGGCCUCCUACCCAACGCAGACCUGACCUACCAGCUGCGCAGUGUCCUGGUCAUGGACCCAGGUGCUGGGCACCGCUAUGCCUGUCAUGUGGAGCACAGCAGCCUGGGGGGCCACAGCCUCGUCAUACCCUGGGGUAGGUGCAGGGCAGCACUGGGCAUUGGGAGAUGGGGGGAUGCUCUCAGCACUGGGAACAGGACAGAUCCCUCUGGAGGCAUCAUCUGCUACCUGUGGCCAGCUCCAGGCCCCUACCCUCAUGUGCCUGGCUUGUGUGUAGUAGGUUCCCCACUCAGGGACUGAGGCCAUGCACUGGCACAUCCAUGGAGACAGCAUCCUCAGUGAGAGGCAGCCCAAUCCCACCCCGGCCAAAAGUCCCCAUGGUCUUCUCCCAGCUCAGAGGGCUCCAAGCCUCAGCUUUACCUGUGCAUGCCAGCAGCCUUUGAUGCCAGCAUGCCUCUGCAACUCUGCUGGAGAGCUCUCCUGGCUUGCUGCAAAGCUGGUCUUUCCCCUUGAUGUUGCUGCCUGCCCCAGGUGUUCCAGGGACAGAUGAUGAGGCCUUUCAUUACCUCCUCAACCAGCUCCUCCAGAGCAAGAAAAGAGAGAACGCAGGUUUCCAACCCCCACUGCUACUACUCACCAAUCCCAACUCCCAUCCCCAACCCAGGGGGGAAACCAGGUGUCCUGGCUUCCAGCCCCACAAGGGGAAGGGCAGGGACUAGAACAGGGAGACAGACAGGAGCAUGCAAUGGAGGAUUCUUGCUCCCUUCACUCUGCCUUCCAGAAAGCAGAAGCCCCUGGAAAACCAAAGUGACAGUGGGAAUCUUGGUCACACUUCUCAUCGUGGUCAUGCUGGUGGGAGCUGUGGCAGAAAUGCCACCGUCGGUGCCCCUCUCCAGAGACCUGUCUCAGCCAGCCUGGGAGGCUGGUGUUUCAUUCCUCAGGGUGGGGAUCUCCCACCUGGUCUACAUGACAAAAGCCUGGCACCUGGGAGGCGGAUGCUCUAGUCACCUGGGCAGGGGGGAAAGACCCGGCCCUGCGCGGGCCCAGGUAGCCAGGGAUGCUGGGGAUAUUGGUCAGCUUGUGGCCAGUAUUGGCAGCUUCGAUUGGACCGGGCUGCUGAGGUCAGAGCGGUUAUUUAAGGGCUCGGUCCAAGAAGAAGGGAGUCAGCCAUUAGCCAUGCGGUCAUCCAGGUGAAUCUGAGCCUGGCUCUCUCCUCAUCACCGCAUGCUCCAAGAGUGCCCUCCCUCCAGAGGAUACAACAACUACCUCUGGACGAUGAGAGUGAGUAAGCUACUAAAGAUCCGAUUAGAUAUUUAGUUUCAGUAACUCAGAUGCGUUUAAACGGCUACCUCAGCCACCCUGGUUUGCUCUAUGGGAUUCUUUUGAUAUUCCUGUAAGAUUUCUAUGAUACUGCUCUACCUUUUACCCUGUUUCCGCCCUACCCCCUGUAAUCAAUAAAGU